AUGUCAUCAAUAUUCCAGGCCUUCACUCUAGAAGAAGUCGAGAGCAUCCGUUCUGUUGUUCUUAUAGGUCAGCAGAAUGAUGACAUGCUAUUGACAAAUUGCACACAUCGUCCACUCUCAGAGGCACAAGCAUUCAUUAAAAGAUUUAAGAAAAAUUUACUAGAUAUACAUGUAGAAUCACAAGAAAUAUCUGAUAUGGCAAAUCAGCAGUAUGUUGCGAUAAUUACAGCAGCUAGAGCUAAGAAAAGUAUGCAUGCAAAUAAUUUAUCAAGCACUAAUUCAAUUGCAAACCUUACUUUACCAUUCGCAAAUGCAAUAGAUUCGCUACCACUGAAGUUUAGAAUGAAAUUUAGUAAAAUAGAGACCGAAACUGAGGCAAGUUCCCCGAAACCUCCAAUUCCGACUAGAUCCAAAUCCGUUACAAACGGAAUGAAUAAAGAGAUAGAGGUCAAACCAGUGCCUAAAAUUCAGAUACCUGUUAUUCCUCCUUCCGAUUUUAAGUUCCUACAUUCCGUAAAAGAUGCCAGUGAAAUUACGCCAGGAGAUUUAGCAGCAGUUUUAAAGAAUCGCGAAGGUCCAACAAUCAUUUGCCGAGUGAUCGCUCUGAAAACUAUCAACGGAAUACCUCAUGCGUUGGUGGCAUCUUUCUUAAACGAGAUAGGGCCUUGCUAUUUUCCAUUACAUCACCUGGUAAUGUUACGUUCUGAAGCUGAUACAUUCGAACCUGGCGCUCAAAUCCUUACAGUUGACAAGCUAGUCAAGAAAAUAAUGUUGCGGGCACAAUCUGUAGUACUGGCAAUAGAAGAUAUACCGGGAAUGAAAUCAGGUAAUUCUAUAAAACCGGAAUUGAGAAAGAAUAUGCUUUAUCAGACCUUAGCUUGCGCUGCUCAAUUACAAUUACUUAAUUUCAUUGCUAGCUGGGAAAUACCAGAAAGCAAAAUGGAAAUACUACUUAGAGAAGUAGAAAAAAUGUUCCAAGCAAAGUUUAAAUCAACAGAAGAAACAAAUCUGAGAUGUCAAACCAUUUUCGGUCAAAUCUUAGAGCACGUGAAAUAA